UAAUGCAAGCUGCGGCUGGUGAAAUGUGAAAUAUUUUUUAAUGUUUUACACAUAAAUCACCCUCUUAUUUAAGAUUUAUGAAACUAGAAUUGAUUAAAUUAGAGCACAGUAACUUCAAUUACAGUUCAACAUUGUCCCGAAUUAAUAUACACUAUUUCUGGGCUUAUUGGCUAUCAAUAUGGAUCCAACAGUCUCAGUUUCAAAGGGGGUAUUUCUAUUUCCCAAUGGAUUCAAAAAAGGAAAGCCGAAAAAACAUUCUAAGAAGAACCUCUUUGAAUCAAUGUUUACUAAGGAACCAUGGUAUGUUACCUAUAACCAAAACUGGCAACUAAUAAAGAGCCAAAUAAAGGCAUUACAAGAACAAACAUAUAGCAUACUACUCAAUGAUAUAGUUAACCAUGUCGGCAAGUUCUACGAGGAGAAUGAUCUAAGUUCUCUAGAAGGGAUCAUACCGAGCGCCACAUUGCUCACUGGAGUCAAUCAACCUGACCAUAUCAACCAGUUUAAAGCUUUAGUUAAUAGAAUAAAAGAAAAUGUGACCUCUUAUGUAGCUUUGAUCAAUUCUCAAGAUGCAACAACAAUCAAACAUUUAGUUGAAAAUGCGGUGUGGCAGCUAAUUAAUAGGACCCAGGAUGAUGUUAUUGAUGAUAGCUUUGAUAUGAAUACCACCAUAAAGACGAAAGUUAAGAAAAGUCAUUGUACCAUGAAGACACUGAAAAAGUGGUACGAAGAGCAAGAGGCGACACAGUCACCAAGAAAGUUUGUUAAACCUUUACAACCUCUAGUAAUUAUAAUGCCAGACUUUGAAAGUUUCAAUAGCAACAUUCUGCAAGAUUUUAUCAUGAUAUUGAGUUCCUACAUUUCAUCACUUCCGUUGUUGCUGAUAUUUGGUGUAGCGACAUCUGUCUCUGCAUUACACAAGUCGUUACCAUACAAUGUGUCAGCCAAGUUGCUCAUAAAAGUAUUCCAUUCACCACCAUCUCAUAUUUAUAUGAAUGAGGUUUUAGAAAAUAUAUUUUUAACUCACACCAGUUCAUUUCAUUUAUCGGGCAAAGCUUUUGAAUUGUUGACGGAUGUUUUUCUGUUUUAUGAUUUCUCUGUUACAGGCAUUAUCCAAAGUAUAAAGUAUUGCAUGAUGGAACAUUUCUAUGGAAACAAUAUAAAAUCACUCUGCUGCCAAAAAGAUGAUUUAGAUGAGGCUAUAGUAAACUUAAGUAAAGAUGAUCUGGAGAACAUAAGACGGCUAAUGUCGUUCCGACCGUUCCUAGAAGCAAAAGACUGCAGAACCAAAAUUAAAUUAUUUGAGGAUGAUAAUUAUUUUAAGGAGGUGUUGUUCAAGGAAAUUAACAAGCUCCAUGAUUAUACUGUAGUGUUUUAUCUGUGUGUGAGAUUAUUUGCUGCAUUCACUAAAGACUUGCCAAAGAAUAUUCUAGGAAAAACUGUACGGGAAAUAUAUACGAAAUGUGCCACCGAAAGCAUAUCAAGCACUCCAGCCUUUAAGGAGUGUAUGCAACUAAUCAAGUUUCAAUCUCAAAUGAAAUUAAUAGAAACUAUCAAGAAUGCAUUAAAAGAAGUGAACGCAUCUUUACAAGCAAUUUCUCCUCUGAAGCCACUCAGAUUGUCUCCUAUGAAAAAUAAAGUAACUGAAAUUCCAAAAGAAACAGAUUUAGGAAAAGAUUUUAUUGAGAACACUCGUGUUCAUCUCCUAAUGUUUCUGAGACAGAUUGAGAAAGCUAGGAACGAAGCAACGACACAAAUUAGUAUGGAGAAAGAGGAAGUAUCGGAAAACAUUGUUUCUAGCAGAGCAAAGUUAAAGGAGAAAUUGUUAAAAGCCACUAAAGUGGAGAAAGUAGAGUCGGAAUACGAGAUGGUUCGGUCGAGGUUCGUUAGUUACUUAGAAGAGGUGUUCUACAAGGGUCUGCAGCCGCCCCAUACUAGACCGUUCUACGAGAUAAUGUUCUUCACAGAUGUACAGAACAUCAAGAAACAGAUUGUUGGGUCGCCACGAGGAGCGCUACAUACUGCUCUCAGCAAUCCGGUGUAUUAUUUGCAGUGCAAUUGCUGCCAUCUCCCGUCGACUGACAGCGUAUCUGACACGUUACCCGACGUAAGUCUGGCGUACAAGCUGCAUCGCGAGUGCGGCAAACAUAUCAACCUGUACGACUGGCUGCAGGCCUUCGCUGCUGUGCUGCGCCCCGAUCAUGAUGAUGAUGACCGCUCCGAGGAUCCUGUUAUACAAGCCCGCUUCACCCGCGCAGUUUCGGAGCUGCAGUUUCUAGGUUUUAUCAAGUCGUCGAAGAGGAAGACCGAUCACGUCAUGCGCCUCACGUGGUGACCUUCAUUGUCAAAAUUAAUAAAUGAUUUGUCAUCCAUUAUUA